AUGCGCGACUUCCUCGAGUCGUUCACCGGGUUCCGCACGCGCUACUACCGCAGCGACACGGGCAAGCAGUCGCAGCAGUUCCUCCUCGGCCAGGUGCGCCAGGUCGCCGCGAGCGACAAGUCGCUCGGCAUCACCGUCCGCGAGUUUGCCCACCCGUGGGGCCAGAACUCGAUCAUUGCCCGCAUCGAGCCGGCGCACGACGCCAAGAACCAGAGCGAGGCCGUCGUCAUCCUCGGCGCCCACCAGGACUCGACCAACCUCCUCCCGUUCCUGUCGGCCCCGGGCGCCGACGACGACGCGUCGGGCACGACCUCGAGCCUGAGCGCCUUUACCGCCCUCGUCGAGAGCGGCUUCCGCCCGAGCCACGCCCCGGUCGAGUUCCACUGGUACAGCGCCGAGGAGGGCGGUCUCCUCGGGAGCCAGGCGGUCGCGCAGGACUACGCCAAGCGCGGCGUCAAGGUCAGGAGCAUGCUCCAGAUGGACAUGACUGCUUACGUCAAGCCUGGUACGAGCCCGACGAUCGGCAUCAUCCAGGACUUUGUCGACCCGGCCUUCACCGAGUACCUCACUCGCGUCGUCGACGAGUACGCCGAGAUCCCGGCCGUCAAGACCCAGUGCGGCUACGCCUGCAGUGACCACGCCUCGUGGAGCAAGGUCGGCGCGCCAUCCGCCUUCACCAUCGAAUCGACGUUCGAGGACUCGGACAAGAACAUCCACUCGUCGCGCGACACGAUCGACCAGGACGGCUACUCGCUCGACCACGUCAAGCAGUUUGCGCGCGUCGCCAUUGCGCUCGCCGUCGAGCUCGGCGGCGGCGCGUCGGUCGUCGCUUGA